UCCAAACUGCCCCCGUUACUCCAAGGGAAGAAAAAAUCCUUCGCGUCUGGGCUCCGGUUUGGACCUGGAUUUAACCAGAUCGGGGUAUAAAACCUAAACCCGUUCACAGCCAGGUGAUGAUGAAGUGAGUUUGGGCUGUGUUCCAAUCGGAGACACAGGGUAAACCUGUGAGAAGGAGAAGGAUCUUUAAAGCUCAUCUGUGGAGGCUGUAAAUCAUGGAGUGGCUCAGUGCGCGUUUCUCCCCGUGCGCCUUUCUGUGGGACUGAUCUCAGGACGCGGGACUUACAGCAGGUUUCAGGCUCUUCAGCGGUGUGUUGGGGGGAUUUUACAGGAUGGCUGGGGUUCGGCUGCUUCUUCUGAUGGUGUGUAUGUGUGUGUGUGGAGCCUCGUGGGGCGGACAGCAGCGCUACAGCCUGUACGCAGGGAGCAGGGAGCAGGGACACACUGGGGACGGAGCCCGAGCCGCAAGCAGGCACAGGAACUGGUGUGCGUAUGUAGUGACGAAGACAGUGAGCUGUGUGGUGGAGGAUGGAGUGGAGACGUACGUGAAGCCUGAUUAUCAGCCAUGUUCCUGGGGAGUGCAGUGUCCUCGCGUCUUAAUGUAUAGGACGUAUUUGAGGCCAAGAUAUAAAAUAGCGUAUAAAAUGGUCACUGAGAUGGAGUGGAAGUGUUGCCAUGGAUACAGUGGAGAGGACUGUAACACAUAUAACAGUGGUGGGAAUGGAGGAUCUGUCACUCAAAUCUCCACAGCGAGACCAUGGCCUAAACCCUCAAACCCAGGACACACAGGACAGGGGCAGAAUGGAGGGAGUGGGAGAGGUGACAGUGAUAAGAUGAAACAGAUGGAGGACAAAAUCCAACAUUUGACUAAAGAUCUUAAUGAUUUGCAGUCGACGUUACGCACCAUGAACGAAAAGUUUCAGGAGGAGAUGAAAAAGCCCGGAUCAAGUGGUGGAAAAACGCCAGCGGACGCGGCUCAGCCUGAAAUGAAGGAAACAAUUCACAACAUCCAGACCAAACUGGAUCAGCUGGACAAUCGGACUCAGGCUCAUGAUAGAACCCUUGAUAGCAUCAAUAAUCACCUGGUUAAUGGAAGAGGUGGGAAUGAUCUGGACAUCCAUGAUGGAAGCAGAUUCAAUUUCUUGAAGGAGGAAAUCCUGCGCGAGUUAGAACGCCGGGUUUCUCUGUCCUGCACUGCUUGCCAAGCCGGAGUUGAUGACCUGCGGCGAGAACAGCAGAGGGACAGAGAGAGGAUUUCAGCUUUGGAAAAGAAGCUCAAUGACCUGGAACAGCGUAACCGCCUGGUUCUGGAUGGUCUGCGUCGGGAUCUGAGUCGAUCUCAAAUCUGCUGUGAUAAAACCCGGGAUCUUGAGACGAAUCUCAGGGAUGUGGAUAAGAAGCUCAAGUCAACAUCUGAGAAAUGUACCAGCCUUGAGGAUCAUCUGAAGAAAGAGCUUGACAGGACGGGAGAUGGUGGAGGUUUUAGAGGAGGAGGAGGAGGAGGAGGAAGUGGAGGAGGAGAGAGAAGACCAGAAGAUACACUGAACGGUUACCUUGAAGACUUGGAAAGACGAAUUAACAACACAGUGCAGAAGACAGAAGAAAACUGCGCUUACAUGGAGAAUGAUUUGAAGGAUUUGUUCCAAAAAGGCCUCAUAGACUUACGCAAGGAGUUCAAUGCUCACCUCGAUGUCCAAGACAGCAAAAUCACAGAUAUAAACCUGGACAUCAGGGACGUGAAAGAAACCUUGUUUGAUCUGGACAAGCGCUUGUCUCGGCUGCAGAAUGCCACAUCGCAUAUGGAUCGGAGAAUAAAUGAAUGCUCUUCAUGCUCUGGUCCUAGAAGACCCCCAGGAGGAAGUGGAAUUAGACCCACUGAAGAUACGGAUACAGUCAAGUCCCUGGAAUGGAGGGUUGUUGCCAAUGAGGAUGAGAUCAAGAGAUUUGACACAAGGAUCAAAGAUCUCUCUAUUUCUGGUGAAUCUCUGCUGGAUAAAGUGAUUGAUCUUAGUCAUGACGUACGCAAAAUUAAAGAGGUGACUGGUGACAAUGGUGAACAUUUUACUCGUAUCAUUACUAAACUUGAGAACUGCCAAUCAGACCUUUGUGGGACAGUGCAAGAUGACCUAAGAAAGCUCAAAAACAUCACGAACCAUGCCAUGGAUAAGUGGCAAAAGGAUAUGAAUUACAUUAAGGGCAAAGUGGAUUCGGGUUGCUCGGACUGGUGCAGCACCCUGCAAGAGGAAGUGAAUAUACUUAAAGAGGAUGUGCAAAAAUGCAAGAUCUGUUUGACAACACCAACAGGAACAGAACCAGGAGACCUAGAUGGUCCUCAGAAACCCCUUGAUGGCCACAGUGUGAUCAGCAGCAACAAUCCUAACCUUGGAUCAUUCCAGGGUGAGUUAUCAGGAGUCAUUUUAACGUUCAGCUCCAUCAAUGACACUCUGAAAGGUUUGGAGCACAGCGUCCGGAAACAUGACAGCGUUAUCACUGAUCUGGGAAACACGAAGGACAAGAUCAUCUCUGAACUUGAUAAGAUCCAACAGGAAGUGACGGAGCACAUUGAGGACAGUAAAAUGCGUUUUGACAACAUUGAACGUGACAUCAAGCGUUUUGGAAACAACAACUUUUUCGAGAGAACAAGCAAUGGCCUUGACAAGAGGAUCACCAAACUUGAAGGGGUUUGUGGUCGACUCGAUUCUGUAUCUGAAAACUUGCAGAAAAUCAAAGAAGGACUCAACAAGCACGUGACUGGCCUGUGGAGCUGUGUAAACGGGCUGAACAGAACUGUGAUUCACCACAGCAGCUUCAUCGACACCAUUGAGAGCACACAUCUGGACAGCAUCCACGGCAAGAUCAAACAGCUCAACACCUCAAUACUGAAUCUUCUCACGGACUUCAAGAGCCUGAAGGAGCAUGACUUCACAGGUCUGCCUGGACCCCCGGGUCCUCAGGGAGAGGCAGGUGAAAGAGGAUUUUCGGGACUUCCUGGACCACAAGGACCACCUGGUAAACCAGGUGUGGAAGGACCAAGAGGACCACCAGGUCUCAGAGGAGAACGAGGUCUCCCAGGCGUUGAUGCUAAUGUUCCUCAGGUCUCCUUCUCGGCCGCACUUACGAACCCGAUGACUUCAUCAGGAACCAUAGUGUUUGAUAAAAUCUUUGUGAAUAAAGGAGACUUUUAUAAUCCCCGUACAGGAAUCUUCACAGCUCCUCGGGAUGGUCAUUACUUCUUCAGCGCCAUUCUGACGGGCCACAAGAAUGAGAAGAUCGAAGCGGUUUUGUCCAAAUCGAACUACGGAAUUGCACGUGUGGACUCGGCUGGGUAUCAGCCCGAGGGCCUGGAAAACAAGCCAGUGGCGGAGACGAAGCCAGUGCCUGGAUCUCUGGCUGUGUUCAACAUCAUCCUGCCGCUGCAGUUGCACGACACAGUGUGUGUGGACCUGGUAAUGGGGAAACUGGCACACUCUGUCGAACCUCUCACCAUGUUCAGCGGUGUCCUGCUCUACGAGGAUUACUCAUAACCCUGAGGUUUAUCAACGACGGGGCCAAACCUCGACCUCCCAAGUCGCACCCUGGACACACUCACACACGUUUCUGUGAUUCUGUUCUUGUGUGAACUCCUGAAUUCAGAAGAGGAUUUAAUUCAAUCGAUUAUAUUUACUCUUUCCUUUUGACCUUUUGGAGACGUGUUUUUUUACAGAAACUACUGUUUUGUUUAUUUUUAUUAUUAUUAUUAUUAUUAUUAUUAUUAUUAUGAUUGAUAUGAAAAUUAUUUCAGAUUUUAUAUAAAUCACAUGGUGUUAUGAAUCGUUUAUCACCAAAGUUUCACUUCCAGUGUAAAAGUAGGCUAAGACUCUCGCUACAGGGCAUGUGUUGAUAUCGCUAAUAAUAUCCCAUCACAAUAGUUAAUCUUUAGAAUUAGGUUUACAAUAUCAUAAUAGUGUAUCUUCACUGACAUUGAUCAACUUUUUGAGCAUGGAUAAACUUCUGAGUAGUGCCUAAUUUGGGAUUGACUAGAAAAAAACUUAUUUUCCUAGCAAGCAUGUAGCCAUGAAGUCAUUCAGUCAGACACACUUUAUAAAAACACACUGAGAGUGGAAUGGGCCAGAAUUAUCCAGAACAUCAACAUUUACCUCAGAUGUGUUGGGAAAUUAUGAAAAGAAAGACUCCAUAAGACAAAAAUUAUGCUGUAAUUCCAGGUAGCAUCAACCGCUAACUCAAUAAUAGUCAGAAACCACCAUAGUGAGAAAAUCAGCUCUCAGAAAGGUUACGUUUUCAAACAAAGAGUGCUAUGUUCAUUUAAAAACAAUGCACACACAAAAUUGGAACAAAUUAUGCAGCAAAAAAUACAAGCAUAGUUUUUAGUUCUUGCAGCAAAGAACAAGUUAACUAGCUUAGUUAACACUAGCUAGCAAGUCCCACAGGUUAGCUACAUGUUAGCAAAAUGUAACCAUGACAACUGCUUUUGUCACUCGACAAACACAAAUCUGACUGUUAGUCAGAACAGGAAAGAAAAUAUUCACUGUGAGUUAGCAGUUAGUGCACAUAAUUAGCGUGUUAGCGUUUCCUCAGUUAGAGAGACAGUUCUGCCAGCCAUGUUUUUUAACCUUUAUUGUGGUGAACAGAAUUAUGAGGGAAAAAACAAAAUGUCUCAAAUGAGGACAUUUAGAUGACUGUUAUGUUUACGCUACAAUAGUAAUGAUGUACAGGCUAAAUGUAUCGUAUAACUGAUUAGCGGCACAUGCCUAGCGCUCAUCUGAUAAAGUGUGUGUGUGUGUGUGUGUGUGUGUGUGUGUGUGUGUAAAGAAGAGCAUUUCACAUUUCAUGAUAUUUGCGUUUGUGAGUAUUAGUAAUUAAUCCUGUGCACCUUCCAGACAUUUCGCUGAGCCUCAGUGAAACCUGCUUCGUCUCUGUUACACCAUUUUGUUAAAAAAAAUGCUUUAUGUUGGCUGGUAAAUUUGGAAACCAUCACCAUCAAUGAACAUUAAAGAAAAAAAGACAACUCACAAUAUAAAAACAAUAUAACACACAAUGUAUCACACACAAGAUCUGUCAAAGAAUUAAAAAUGAAAAACAACAAAAUGCUAUUUCAGCAUAAAUACAAAAAAGACAAAUGUUUACAGCGAGACAAUAAGCAAACAAACAAAAAAAACAAAUAAAUUGCAAUUUUCAAGCUUGUAAUUUAUAUCAGUUUCAAUUCAUCUGACAGAAUGGUUACUGUUCCUCAAUGUGAAGCAACAUUAAAGCACCUAUAAGCAACAUUAGCAUUAGUAUUCUGUUAUGACAUUAUUUCUCAAUGCAGCUUUGGAAAAAAAAUGGCUACAGCAAAACAAGUAUGACUACGACUCUAAAGAGCCAAUAAAGAAUAUUAGCAUUAGCAUGAAGAGAACAUUCUCUGAACUCCAAGUCUGUUAAUGUGGAAAAUACAAGUAGAUUAAAACUAAAUAGAUUAAAAUUAAAUGGAUUAAGGCAUACAUAAUGCAUGCAAAAAAUAAAUUAUGAUUUUAAAGUGCCUAUAAAGAGAAUUAGCACUAGCAUUAGCAUUUUGUAUGACCUGCUUUGAUAAUGAGACACUGAGAAAGUGCUUACAGCUGAAAUCCAAAGAAAUUGCCAGUGCAAGUUUAAAGUGCCUAUAAAGAUAAUUAGCAUCAGCAACAAAUAGAACAUUGUUUUUGGUUUUGUUUUAUGAAAAAUUCUAAAGUGAUGUCCAAUUUCAUCACUAACUGUUUGUAAACUGAAACUCAACUAUGAAACAUGAGAAUCCUGCUAACCCUCGCCAUGUGAUGGAGCUUUAUGUCAUGCUGCUUUCGCUAUUCUGCAUUACAAGCUGUUAUUAUUAUUAUUAUUAUUAUUAUUAUUUUGACUAUUUCCCUCAGAAAACAUGUUCACUUUGUAAGCGGUGAACAGCUGAAGCUGAAUAACUGAAACACACGUGACGUGACGUGGCUCCUCACGGUUUAACCUGUGACUCUGAAUGUGUUUGUUGGCAGCACAUGUGUUAAAUAAAGCUAUUUAAUUUUACACA